AUGGAGUCGAGGAUGGAGGCGAGGAAGUCCGGGUUGGCGAGGCGCGGAUCCGGCGGCAACCGUGGCCGGCGAGGGUACCGGUACCCUUCGGGCCUGUACCGGAGAAUUAGUGAUCUUAGAGGGAAUGGAUCAGCUUUCCCUGAUUUAAGUGGAAUGCAAUCCAUGAAAACAAUGGUACUUAGGAAAUGUUCCAUCAGUGGAAGCAUCCCAUCUUAUAUUGGCUCGUGGACAACUCUUAAGCAUCUCCGCUCCCUUCCCUCUCCUCCUUCCCUCCCCUCUCUUCCUCUGCUUCGGCCGCCUAGGCUUCAUCUGCUCCGGGCGCCACCUCCUCUGCUCUGGGCGGAGCGCCGGCCGCGCGGCCCCGGCCGCCCCGAUCCGCCGCCGCUCUGGCCCUCCUCGAGCCCGUGCCAGACACCGCCGCCGCGGGGCCCUGGGCACCGCGGGAUCCGCCCCCCGCGGGAGCCAUGGAUGCUGCCGCCCGAUCCGGCCCUAGCGGCCUUCCGGCCGUGGGCGCGGGUGCGUGACCCGCUGCCACUGCUGCGGCCCAGGCCGCCGCCGCCCAGGCCACUGGUGCCCGCCGCCAUCGCGCUGGGCGCGGCCGGCGCCUCUGCUGCCGCCUCGGGCACCUGGUGCGCGCUCUCCUCCCUCCCCUCCCUCUCCUCUACUGCGGGAUCUCCCGCGCCGGUCCCUGGCGCUGGUGGAUCUGUUGCGCAGGGCUCCUGGGGUGCGCCUGCCCCGCAGGUGCCUGCCGCCGUCGUGCUUGGCGCGGCUAGCGCCUCUGCUGCCGCCACCGGAGGCACCAGGCGCGCACCGGGCCCGCGGACGUCCGCCGCCACCGGGCUGGGUGCGAACGGCGCCACCACUGCCGCCGCCCUGGUUCCUGGGGCGCGCCUGGCCCUCGGUCAGCCGCCGUGGCCCCCAGGGCCUCUGCUGCCCCCGCGGCCCUCCCUAGGCAGGGCCGCGAGCGCCGCCGCCGCCCUUGCUGCCGCCCUUGUCGCUGUUCCCGGGCAGGACAGGGGCGCCCCUUGGGCCGCCGCCCCCUUGGCUGCCGCCGUGGUCGACGACCUGCGUGGCACCGCCUCGCACCUCAAGGCCUACGAGCGCGCGCAGCAGAUACUGCGGGACCCCGAGGCCAAGCUCAUCGAGGCCAAGCUCGCGCGGGCGUACGCUGCGCAGGCCGUCGCGCCUGCCGCGCACGCCGCGCAGGGGAAAAUCCAAGGCAGGAGCAACAUAAUGGGAGCAAGAUAG